AUGAAAGGUCAAAAUCUUGGAUCGAACGAUAAAGAGGCCGUCGAUGACAAUAUAAACUUCCAGACAGAUGAAACCCAGUCUCUGGACCAAAGUAAAAAAGUUCGCAAUGUGGUUUCGAUCACCAGCGCGGACAUCGGCGACCUUGAAAACGUUAUUUCGACCAUUGUGUCACCCUCCGGGAAAGAAGUUAAGGUGACCGGAAAUGUCGACGACGCGAUGCGGCUGGCACUUGAGUCGCGGGAACUGAAAAUUACUGAGGAAGAAGAUCGCAGGCUUGUCUGGAAGAUCGACUUGUACAUGUUCCCGCUGAUGUGUAUCUUGUACGCCAUCCAGUUCAUGGACAAGGUGUCGAACGGAUCUGCUGCGGUAAUGGGCCUGAGGGAAGAUCUCAAAAUGGUUGGCGACCAGUACUCUUGGGUUGGGUCUGCGUUUUACUUUGGCUACCUUUUCUUCAACUUGGGUCCGGGCCAGCUGAUAUUUCAAAAGUCCCGGUGGCUUGCCAAGACCUUGGCCGUGUUUGUUGUCAUCUGGGGUAUGAUUCUGGCAUUGCAUGCGGCACCCUCGAUCAACUAUGCGUCGUUCAUCUUCCUCAGAGUGCUUUUGGGUUGUGCUGAGAGUAUGGUGACGCCAACCUUCACCAUCAUCACGUCCCAGUACUGGCGCAAAGAGGAGCACUUCAUGCGUGUCUGUCUCUGGUUCGGCUUUAAUGGUCUAGGUGGUAUCUGGGCCAACUCGCUUGCGUACGGAGUCUACAUCAGGCAGGCCUCUUACAGCAUUGAAGCCUGGAGAGUUUUGUUUGUUGUGACUGGGCUAAUAACAGUUUUUGUCGGAUUCGCCAUCUUUUUUCACAUCCCAGACGAUCCUUCCAAGGCGUGGUUUUUGUCUGAGCGCGAGAAACUCAUGGUGGUCGAAAGAAUCAGAGGCAAUCAACAGGGCUUUGGUAACCACCACAUCAAAUGGAAUCAAGUCAGGGAGGCGUUUACUGACGUCAGAACCUGGUUGUUCUUUGUGUUCAGUAUCGGAAGUAACAUUCCAAACGGGGGCUUGACCAACUUUAUGAGCAUUUUAAUCAAAACGGACUUUGGUUAUAGUACGAAGGACUCGCUGCUCAUGACCAUGCCUACCGGAGCGGUCGAAUUAGUCGCUUGUCCUUUAAUCGGCUAUCUAUCAGUUUUGUGUGCCAAAAGGAAAAUUCCGUUCCUGCAGGACAGAUUGAUAUGGGGUAUUUUCGCCGCAGUUCUCAGUCUCGUUGCCACAUGUAUGCUUGCUUUCGCCAAAGAGUCGAAAAACACGAGACUGGCGGGUGCUUAUCUGCUUUACGUUGCGCCUGUUUCCUUUAUCUGCGUGCUUUCCAUCAUCAGCUCCAACACUUUGGGAUACACUAAAAAAUGGACGGUGUCCUCCAUUAACUUGGUUUCGUAUGCCGCCUCAAAUUUAGCCGGCCCUCAAACAUUUAUUGCCAAGCAAGCACCAAAUUACAGCGGCGCAAAAAUUGCAAUGGUGGUUUGUUAUGCCGGCUGUGUCGUUACUCUGUCGGCUCUUUACGUUUUGAACAUUUACGAGAACAAGAGGAGAGACAGAAUCCAAGCCGAAAAGGGACCCAGCGACAAUAUCGAGAACCUUGAAUUUGCCGACCUCACCGACAAGGAAAACCCCAACUUCAGAUAUGCUUUGUGA